AUGAAGCGCGCGGUUGCACUCAAGAGGUACCUUGUGAAGCCUCGAACUGCAGAUAUCAACGACAACGUAUUAUCAGAAGAAUGCCGGAAUGAUUACGGGUUGAAUGAAGAGAAUAUAAAGGAUGGCGAGCUCCUGGAAACAGUUAUAGAGCAGUUUGAUGCCUGGGUUCGACAAGAGCUGAAGUCUGAAGACUUUACUCUGGUCACCGAUGGCCAACUCCCCCUCCGUCAAUGCCUCCAUCCGGAGGCAUGCAACAAGAACAUCGACCUCCCUUCAUACUAUUUCUCAUUCUUUGAUCUCCGAAAGGAAUUCAAGAACGGCUUCCAGGCGGAAGAAGUCCACAGCGUUGAAGAGAUGCUGAGCUUCCUGUGUUUAGAAUCUGUCAAAUCAACCAAGUCAGAAACCACCAGCGAAGACUUGGCAUCCAGUGAGGCCAGAGAUAUGGCUGCUGUCGUCCAAAGACUACUCGAAGCAGGCCACAAGUUUGAAGGGCCGGAGUCCGUGCAAUCUCGACUGGAACCUGGUAUUUGCGCCAAGUCCGAGGUGGUUGACAGUAACUGCGUUGUGAGGGCAAGGGGCUUACCCUGGCAGUCUUCCGACCAGGAUAUUGCCAGGUUUUUCAGGGGACUCAAUGUUGCCAAAGGAGGAGUGGCUCUGUGCUUGAGCUCUCAAGGGAGGCGGAACGGAGAAGCCCUGGUCCGUUUUGAGUCUCAGGAGCAUCGUGACCUGGCGCUCAAGAGGCAUAAGCACCAUAUGGGAUCUCGCUACAUCGAAGUCUACCGCGCCUCGGGCGAAGACUUCGUCAACGUGGCCGGCGGAAGUAACAAUGAAGCUCAAGCCUUCUUGUCGCGCAGCGGACAGGUGAUAGUUAGGAUGCGAGGUCUUCCAUACGACUGCACUCCCAAACAAGUGGUGGAGUUCUUCGCAUCAGGUGAGCACCCCUGUGAUGUGAUGGACGGGGAAGACGGAGUGUUGUUUGUGAAGAAAACAGACGGUCGAGCAACAGGUGAUGCUUUCGUGAUGUUUGCCACGGAAGAUAAUGGUGCCCAAGCCCUAGCCAAGCAUCGUGAAUCCAUUGGAUCUCGAUACAUCGAACUUUUCCGCUCCACUACUGCCGAAGUUCAACAGAUAUUGAACCGGCCCAUCGAAAGUCGCCCUCUAGAAGCUCCAGGUGGCGGUGUGGCGACGUCGAGUGCGAGUCCCUUAGUGCCACAUUUGGCACCUUUACCACUCAUUCCGCAACAGAUCAUCACGUCGGGUACAAGGAAGGAUUGUGUGCGCCUCCGUGGACUUCCUUAUGAAGCUCAAGUGGAGCAUAUCCUGGACUUCUUGGGUGAACAUGCUAAGCACAUUGUGUACAGGGGAGUACACAUGGUUUAUAAUGCCCAGCGCCAGCCGAGCGGUGAGGCUUUCAUCCAGAUGGACAGUGAACAAAGUGCCUAUGUGGCUGCCACUGCAAAACAUCAUAAAAACAUGACGUUCGGGAAGAAGCAGAGGUACAUUGAAGUCUUCCAGUGUUCAGGACAAGAUAUGCAACUAGUGUUAACUGGAGGACUGCCAGCAGCCGCACCGAGCACUUCCCCGACGGCAGCAGCCGCGUCUCCUCUCCUUCCGGCAACUGGUAUGUUGUUCUCUUCACCAGCACAUAGUACAGGAGUCGGAAGUGGUGGGACGAUAGCUACCACUGCACCCACUCCAUCCCCACUUUUUUUGGCUGCCACACCUCGAGCACCUGUCCCAAGUCUUCCCACUUCUUCAACUUUGGCUGCCGCUUUUGCUCCUCAGUCCCACCUUCCUCCUUUGACCCAUCUAAUCCGUUCACCUAUGCUCCAGUUCCCGAAUGUAUCAGCAGCGGCAGCAGCAGCAGCAGCAGCAGCUGCUGCUGCUGCUGCUUUCUCAGCUGCAGGCGGCAAGAGGUCCUUUGAGCAGGCUUUCCCAAACGGCGCUCACUUCCAGCAUCCCCUCACGAAGCGACCUUUGUUCCCGACCCUGAAUCCUUUCUUCCCUACCCUAUUCCCAUCCAUCCAUCUCAAUUGAUCCUCUUCGUUUGUCGAUGUCUGCACAUUCCUGUUAUAGUAGUGAUACUUUUCAGUUCCAUGACGAGAAUUGUAGAGGCUCAGGUGUUGUAUUUAUUAUUAAUUUUGUGGGUUUUUUUCUUAUAUAUAUUAAAUAAUAAGGCUCUGCUCCCAGUAAAUCGUGAAAGUAGGGACCAAGAGCAUUACGCUUUGUAUUUUUUUUUAAGGAUUUAGUGAGAUGUAAUAGACAUAUUUUGUUGAGAAAAAUUACAUGUGUUAUGUUUUGUAGAGAAAUCAAAUAUGAAAAGUUUCCCAAUAUCUUGUACAGAAUUGAACAUUUUAAUUUGAAGGAUCUGAAUUUUUGAGGCUUGUUUCUGCCCGUCUUUGUACUGCAAAAAGUUUUCAUAUCACGAGUUUUUCUAUGGCAACUUGACGACAGAAAUAUGAGAUUAUUUUCAAAGGUUAUAAGGGUUGCCAUUAUGGAGAGUCUAUCCAUCUUCCGUUUUGCAACUGUGAUAGUGCUUGUGUCCACCAAUUCCUUUUCUUUGUGGUCAUCCGUCAGGCUGUCUCAGUCACUCGGAGAUUGGGUUUCCUUUAUAACCUUCCAUUCGUUUCAUCCUUUAACCCCGGGGUGAUAGAGGCAAUAUGUCGGUGUGUUCACCCCCUUUUGCCUUUUUUGUACAUUGGUUGUGUGGUGAUCGCCAAUAAAUACUCUCACAGUAUCGGUGGUUUUUUAGUCUUGUGGUGGUUGUGUGUGUGAGAGCAUCUCUCUGGGAGCUUCUUGACUGGUAUAUGAAAGAAUUUUUAAAAAAGAUCACAUGUCCCUCUUCCUCUCUGGUGACGGUCACUUUCGUCUGGCAAAUGGGUCGUGUUUUUUUCUCCAUGGAAGUUUCGCACUGCAGUCUUUGGGAAUUGAUAUUUUUUUUGCACUUCCUGGACAUCGUGCUUGGACUUGGUCUCCCAAUGUAUACCUAGUCGGUAGAAUGCCGUAAUCACAUAUGAUGCCUGUCGACUGGCUGGCUUGCUCUCUGUGGAAUCUUUGACCCUACUCGCUAUUAUGUCUGUGGGGACUGUACUGCAUCUUCUACUCUGCAACCGACAUGGCAAUGGGCGACGGGGCAUUUCAUUUUUGGGAGAGGCAACAUCAGCAAACAUGUUGAAAAACGUAUGAAAGAAAUACCCAUGAAUAAACCGACAAACCCUGUGUCUCUCCCCGUUUGACCUAUGUGUCACAUGUAGCCGGGGGGUUGAUCCCACACCCGUUCCCAUACAUGACAGCACCGACGACCCCGCUGAUCCCAACACCGUUGACGGCUCGUCCGGCCUAUGCCUACACGCCGACCGUCCUCUACUGGUCUCUUCCGAGUCCUCCUGUCAGUCCGACGGCUUACUAUGGACCUACGGCGCCUCCAACGGGAACUUCCGCCUUGGUGAGUCUCCAAACAUCCUAAGGGAGGCGGUCCCAUCGUCAUGCUGUCCUUCCGUUUGUAUUCCGCCGGAUAUUACACGAUUCUGCAUCAUGUAUUACCAUUAGAGAGCUAUAUCCUGCUGUCAGCGUUACAUCACAGUCUUUAGCCGUGCCAAUGUGUUUGUUUUCGCGUUGCAAGAGUGGAAUCACGUGAAGUUUUCAUGGGAUCUGUUGUAGAUUAGUCCCGGUGGAAACGAGGACAGCGAAUUUCUUGAAAAGACUGCGAAAUAUUCUCUAUAUGGCAUGCGUGUAGAACUAUUUAUGGCCUCUUAGGAAAAGAGAAGACGCUGACCAGUUUUCCAACAAAUCUCAUCGUUUGGCACAAAUUUGUUUUACUUUAUGUUUGUGUAUGUUCCAGGAAGAAAAAAAAGAUUUUAUAUCAGAUUUAGGUAUAUUGCAAGGAUAAUGGCAACAAAGAUCACAACAGUCUUCCAUGAAUUCGUGUUGUUAUGAGUGUUGCAGAGAAAAACGUUGGCUGUGAUGUUUAUCGUUCAUCUGACGAUGAAAGCUUUCAUUUUUACCUUGGAUUGAGUGUGAUGUGUAAAUUAUUUUCGGAGAUCAUGCUGAAGACCAGGUGGACGUAUCGCGUGAAGCACGUUUUACUGUAUUCCCGUCGGUGUCUUUGAGAAAUGUGAUAGAUACGCUUGCAAAUUUUCUCCAUCUGCUGAUUUUUUUCCCUGGUGUUCUUGUUGCAAGUUGUGGCCUCGAUCUUCCCAUUCUUAUUGAAGAUUCGUGCAUACUACAGGAAUGCAAAGUCCUUCCCAUGAAUGCUGAACGAAGAUUUUUUUCCCCCUGACAAAUUAUUCUGUACAUGAAAUAUUGAAAUGAGAAUUCUCUGAAGAUCACAUUGAUCACUGCAAAUCAGUUCGCUGGGAAUUCCUCGCCUGAGAUUCGCGAGUAGGGUUAAUUCCUAGCAUGAAAGCUUUCCCUGAUGAGAAAAAUAUAGAUCCCGGUUGUGCUUCUCUGGCUUUUGGUAUGGCUUGUGAUUCAGGAGUACAGUAAAUCCUGGUCUUGUCCCGUUAUUUUUUUUUGUUAGCUGGUCGAGGGAUUGCUCUGGUCCCUUGCCGACUACCACCGUCGGUCUUCAAUUCACCGAAGAGAAAUCUCGAAAAAUCCCCAUUCAGCAUUGACACUUGGGAAAGACUUGAGAAUUGUAUCUGUACGAUUCUACUUCUAGAGAAUAUUGAGACACUUUUCCUUAUUCCAAAAUAAACUUCUUUGAAACGG